AUGGUUACCUUUCAAGUGUAUCUACUCACUGCCCUCGCCCAGUUGGCAGUAUCUACAACGGUGAGGACCUCUACUCCUCCUAUGGGCUGGAAUAGUUAUAACGCCUACAACUGCAAUCCGACAGAGGAUAUUAUGAAAACAAAUGCCCAAGCUCUUGUCAGCUCUGGUCUAUCGAAGUUUGGGUACACAUAUGUCACGACAGAUUGCGGAUGGGCAUCGUCAACUAGGAAUCAGCAGGGGCGUCUUCAAUGGGAUACGUCCAAGUUCCCCUCGGGAGGCAAGGAACUGGGCGAUUUCUUGCACGGCCUAGGUCUAAAAUUUGGAGUCUAUUCUGGAGCUGGGUAUUACCAGUGCGGAUCGACGGACAUUCCCGCUUCGCUUGGCUACGAGAUUAUUGAUGCCGAAACCUUUGCCAGCUGGGGCGGAGACUUUCUCAAGUACGACAAUUGCUAUUCAGUAUCACCAACAAAUAUGGUGGACUACGACUCACAAGGAGCGGUAUCGUCGGAUCGCUUCGACGCAAUGGCCCAAGCCCUGAACGAGACCGAUCGCGACUUCAUAUAUGAAAUCUGUCAGUGGGGAUGUGGGACAGACUUGGGCAUUUGGGCGGCCGCUGACGCCACUACUUGGAGAAUUUCCAACGACAUCUCAAACAACUGGGCAAGUAUCUGGCGUAUUACGAAUCAAGUCGUCCCAUAUUACGAGUACACCUCACCAGGCAGAUAUCCUGACAUGGACAUGCUGAUUGUGGGACUAAACGUCCUCUCGGCUGAGGAGGAAAGGUUUCACUUCGGCAUGUGGGCUAUCAAUAAGUCACCUCUUACUCUAGGACUCCCAAUAUCCGACGCAGCGACCUCAAGUUUGCAGAUAGUUUCAAACCAAGAGGUAAUCUCAAUCAACCAAGACUCUCUAGGAAAACAGGCCGAGAUAAUUCGCCGAUACACUGAAGAGGAAUGGGAUAUCUGGGCAGGCGAGCUUUCGGGUUCGCGCAUCGUUGUCGGGCUCGCAAACUGGCAUAAUUCGUCACAGUCUGUUUCUAUUGACCUUGGCGACGUUCUCGGCAUCUCAUCAGCCAAGGCUCGCGACGUGUGGGCUGCUGCGCACCUUGGUGUGCUCUCUGGGACCUUUACAACAACUCUCGCAGCGCAUGAACUGAAGCUGCUGGUGCUUUCAGACAUCGUAAAAUCCACUACAGUUCAGCAGUCCAAAGGUUAUUACGCAGCCACUAAUGCCACCAUUUCUGGAGCCGCAAAGCAUAUUGCAUGCUCUAGCACACAGUGCCUUCCCUCAAAAGCAAAGGUCGGCAAUAUCGGAUUAGGGUCAAGCGCAGCAGCUGCGACAUUCACUGGCGUCAGCGCAACUACCGGCGGGCGGAAACUCCUUGGAGUAGACUUCAUUAACUAUGAUGUUGCGCUCGGUUCCGCCUGGACCGACGGCACGAACACGAGGAACAUGACCAUUUCGGUGAACGGAGGUACAGCCAAGCGAUGGGCUUUCCCUAUCUCCGGGGGGAAUUGGUACGACAGCGGCCGGAUGCUUGUCGAGGUGGACGGUUUUCAGGCAGGACGAAACAACAAGGUCGUUUUCAGAGCAUCUGGGACGACAACUUGGGCCCCAGACCUGGUUGGAUUCGAAGUCUUUGAGUAACGAGGUCGGCAGCGAUUAUCAG